GGGACUCGGACUAAUUUUACAAUUUUUACUCCGCAUGGCGUAGGGUAUAAAGAAAGCCCGGACCUUCUUCUCACCUGCCCUCCCUCUCCCUCCUCUCUCUAAACCCCUCCAUUAGGGCUUUUCCCGCCUUUUUACUCCUCAAUCUCUACUGCAUAACAUACUUGUUCUCAGUCUUCUAGGGUUUCAAUUACACGAAUCAGCAAUGGUGUCCCCAAAGCAACUCCUCUCCACCAUCGAAUCGGCACUUCUCGGCCCCACUCCUCCAACGCCGUCUCAGAGGAUCGAACUCAUGCACGCCAUUCGCCAUUCUCUCCCCUCUUUCCAAUCCCUCCUCUCCUAUCCGCCUCCUAAACCCUCCGACCGAGCUCAAGUCCAGUCAAGAGAAGUCAGACUUCCUAAUUCUUCGCCUAUGUCACUUGACGACCAGGAUGUUUGGAUUGCUCUGAAAUUGAGUGAUGAUCUCCACCUUAAUGAAAUAGACUCUGUGCGUUUGCUUGUUUCAGCCAAUCAAGAGUGGGGUUUAUUGGGCCGAGAGCCAUUGGAAAUUUUGCGCCUUACAGCUGGACUAUUGUAUACAGAGAGAAGAGAUCUAAUAACAGCACUCUACACACUAUUGAGGGCUGUUGUGUUAGACCAGGGUCUUGAUGCUGAUCUUGUAGCUGACAUUCAUAAAUAUUUGGAAGAUCUUAUUAGUUCUGGUCUUCGACAACGGUUAAUAUUGCUCAUAAAGGAGCUCAAUCGAGACGAACCAGCUGGUUUGGGUGGGCCUAACUCUGAGCCCUAUAUUCUUGACUCAAGAGGCGCUCUUGUGGAACGACGAGCUGUGGUUUCUAGGGAACGACUCAUCCUUGGUCAUUGCCUUGUCCUUUCUGUUCUGGUUGUGCGGACAAGUCCAAAAGAUGUAAAAGAUGUGUUUUCCACUUUUAAAAAUAGCGCAGCUGAACUAAAUAGUAGUGCUGAUGUCCUAAAGCAUCAGAUCACAUAUAGCCUUCUUUUUUCUCUUGUAAUCACUUUCAUAUCAGAUGCUUUGAGCGCGGUACCCGGUAAAGCAUCUGUCCUGUCACAUGAUGCUUCUUUUAGGCAUGAAUUUCAGGAAAUUGUGAUAGCUGCCGGAAAUGACCCAGUUGUUGAGGGCUUUGUUGAUUGUGUUAGACUUGCAUGGGCCAUACAUUUGCUUUUAAUACAAGAUGGUGUGGAUUCAAGGGAGACAGUUUUGAGUGCUUCAUCUAAUGAUAUGCGAAAUAUUUCUUCAUGCUUGGAAGUUAUUUUCUCGAACAAUGUUUUCCAGUUUUUGCUGGAUAAGGUUCUCCGGACAGCAGCCUAUCAGAAUGAUGAUGAGGAUGUGAUCUAUAUGUACGAUGCUUAUCUGCACAAGCUGAUUACAUGCUUUCUUUCUCAUCCACUUGCUAGAGAUAAGGUAAAAGAAACAAAGGAGAAGGCAAUGGCUGCACUUAGCCCAUACCGGAUGGCUGGAUCACAUGAUUAUAUGCGUGACAAUGGUGUGCAUUCUCAGCAUGCCGCUGAAACAGUCUCUCAACCAUUUGUCUCUCUCUUGGAGUUUGUUAGUGAAAUUUAUCAGAAGGAACCAGAGCUGUUGUCUGGCAACGAUGUGUUAUGGACGUUUGUAAAUUUUGCUGGAGAGGAUCAUACUAAUUUUCAAACACUCGUAGCAUUCUUGAAAAUGCUGAGUACUUUGGCUUCUAGUGAAGAGGGUGCUUCAAAGGUUUUUGACUUACUUCAGGGUAAAACAUUCCGGUCUAUUGGAUGGAGCACUUUGUUUGAUUGUUUAUCGAUUUAUGAGGAGAAGUUCAAACAAUCCCUUCAAAGUGCUGGGGCGAUGUUACCGGAGUUCCAGGAGGGGGACGCCAAAGCACUUGUUGCAUACUUGAAUGUUCUUCAGAAGGUGGUGGAAAAUGGAAAUCCCGUGGAAAGGAAGAACUGGUUUCCUGAUAUUGAGCCGUUAUUCAGGCUCCUUAGUUAUGAGAACGUGCCUCCUUAUCUAAAGGGUGCUUUGCGUAAUGCCAUUGCUACUUUCAUUCAAGUUUCUCCAACUCUAAAAGAUACUAUUUGGAGUUACCUUGAGCAAUAUGAUCUGCCAGUUGUUGUUGGACCACAUGUUGGGAGCAGCACACAACCGAUGACAGCGCAGGUUUAUGAUAUGCGAUUUGAAUUAAAUGAAAUAGAAGCAAGAAGAGAACAGUAUCCUUCAACGAUAUCAUUCCUAAACUUGUUAAAUGCUCUUAUUGCUGAAGAAAGGGAUGUAAGCGAUAGAGGUCGUAGAUUCAUUGGUAUCUUUAGGUUCAUUUAUGAUCACGUGUUUGGACCAUUCCCACAAAGAGCAUAUGCAGAUCCCUGUGAGAAAUGGCAGUUGGUUAUUGCUUGUCUUCAGCAUUUCCGAAUGAUACUGAGCAUGUAUGAUAUUAAGGAUGAGGAUAUUGAAAGUGUUCUUGACCGACCUCAGCUCUCUGCUAUUGCACAAUCUGCCCCACUUCAGAUGCAGCUCCCUGUCAUAGAGUUACUGAAAGAUUUCAUGAGUGGGAAAACUGUUUUUCGAAAUAUCAUGGGUAUUCUUUUGCUGGGAGUCAAUUUUAUCAUCGCUGAACGCACGAAUAAAAUUUAUGGGCACCUUCUAGAAAAAGCUGUGCUUCUUUCUGUGGAAAUCAUAAUCCUUGUUCUGGAGAAAGAUUUAAUCGUUUCUGAUUUCUGGCGCCCUCUAUACCAGCCUUUGGAUAUGAUACUCUCUCAAGACCAUAAUCAAAUUGUAGCUCUGUUGGAGUAUGUCAGAUAUGAUUUUCUGCCACAAAUUCAGCUAUCCUCCAUCAAAAUUAUGAGUAUUCUAAGUUCUCGUAUGACCGGGCUUGUACAGUUGCUGUUAAAAUCCAAUGCUGCGAACUUCUUGAUCGAGGAUUAUGCUGCCUGCCUAGAGCUACGAUCAGAUGAGUGUCAGAUUAUAGAGAACAGCAGCGAAGAUCCGGGUGUUCUCAUAUUGCAGCUUCUCAUUGAUAAUAUUAGUCGUCCAGCCCCAAAUAUUGCACAUUUGUUACUCAAAUUUGAUCUUGACAGUCAUGUUGAAAGGACGUUGCUGCAGCCAAAGUUUCAUUACAGUUGCUUGAAGGUUAUUCUUGAUAUCUUGGAAAAACAUUUAAAGUCUGAUGUCAAUGCAUUGCUUCAUGAAUUCGGUUUCCAGCUUCUUUAUGAGUUGUGCAUGGAUCCAUUAACAUGUGGUCCGACCAUGGAUCUGUUGAGUACUAAGAAGUAUCAAUUCUUUGUAAAGCACUUGGAUUCAAUUGGUGUUGCUCCACUUCCUAAAAGAAAUAGCACUCAGGCACUUCGCAUCAGCUCCCUCCAUCAGAGAGCAUGGCUAUUGAAACUUUUAGCUGUAGAAUUGCACGCUGGUGAUUUGGCUAGUUCAACUCAUCGAGAAGCAUGUCAAAGUAUUGUCGCCCAUAUAUUUGGGCAGGAGAUCAUUGAAUACGGCACUGAUUUUAAUAUAUCAAACUCAUUCCUCCUUGAAAAUAGCGCUGCAAAUGCUGGAACCCGGACAAUCAGUAAGAGUAAGGUGCUUGAGUUGCUUGAAAUUGUCCAGUUUAGAUCCCCUGACACCACUAUGAAGUAUACUCAGGCAGUUUCUAAUAUGAAGUAUGGCUUUCUGGCUGAAGAUAUACUUGGGAAUCCAGCAACAUCUGGAAAGGGCGGUAUUUACUAUUAUUCCGAGCGUGGUGACAGAUUGAUCGAUCUUGCUGCUUUUCGUGACAAACUUUGGCAGAAAUGCAAUGUUGUUAAUCCCCAGAUGAGCUCUUUUGGAAGUGAAGCUGAGCUGAACGAAGUAAGAGAUACAAUCCAACAGUUGUUAAGAUGGGGAUGGAAAUACAAUAAGAACCUUGAGGAACAAGCUGCCCAACUUCAUAUGUUAGCUGGCUGGUCUCAGAUUGUUGAGAUCUCUGCAUCCAGAAGAAUAUCAUAUCUUGAAAAUCGAUCUGAAAUUUUGUUUCAGUUGCUUGAUGCCUCUUUGAGUGCUUCUGCUUCUCCGGACUGUUCGCUGAAGAUGGCAGUAAUAUUGAUCCAGGUUGCUCUUACAUGCAUGGCCAAACUACGUGAUGAAAGAUUUUUAUACCCUGGCAGUUUAAACUCCAACACUGUCACAUGUCUCGAUAUUAUUAUGGCAAAACAAUUACCAAAUGGGGCCUGUCACUCUAUUUUGUUUAAGCUUAUCAUGGCAAUUCUGCGACAUGAAUCAUCGGAAGCAUUAAGGAGACGCCAAUAUGCGUUGCUUCUUAGCUACUUCCAGUACUGUCGACAUAUGCUUGAUCCAGAUGUUCCAACAACAGUUCUGCAGUUCUUGUUGCUUGAUGAGCAGGACUCCGAUGAUCUGGAUUUCCAGAAGAUUGACAACGAGCAAGCAGAGUUAGCGCGGGCCAAUUUUUCAAUUCUAAAGAAAGAUGCUCAGGCCGUCCUAGAUUUGGUCAUAAAAGAUGCAACUCAAGGCAGUGAAUCUGGGAAAACAAUAUCGCUCUAUGUUCUCGAUGCAUUGAUUUGUAUUGAUCAUGAUAAGUAUUUCUUAAGCCAACUUCAAAGCAGAGGCUUUCUAAGAUCUUGCUUUAUGAACAUCAGCAAUGUUUCUUACAUGGAUGUCGGGCGGUCAUUGGAUUCAUUGCAGCGGGUGUGUACUCUUGAGGCAGAACUUGCUCUAUUGUUGAGAAUCAGCCACAAGUAUGGGAAAUCGGGGGCUCAGGUUCUAUUCUCCAUGGGUGCCUUGGAGCAUAUUGCUUCAUGCAGGGCAGUCAAUAUGCAGAUUAAGGGAAGCUUAAGGCGGGUUGAUGCUAAAUUUGGAAGAGAUUUAUCUGCGGAUGUUGAUAAGCAACGUAUGAUCAUAGCUCCAAUAUUGAGAUUGGUGUUUUCUCUGACUUCUUUGGUAGAUACAUCUGAUUUCUUUGAGGUGAAGAAUAAAAUUGUUCGCGAGGUCAUUAAUUUUGUCAAAGGGCAUCAAUUCCUUUUUGAUCAAGUUCUUAGGGAAGAUGUUCUUGAAGCUGAUGAGUUGACCAUGGAGAUGAUAAAUCUUGUUGUUGGGAUACUUAGCAAGGUUUGGCCAUAUGAAGAAAGUGGUGAGUAUGGUUUUGUUCAAGGGCUUUUCAGUAUGAUGCAUGCGCUUUUCUUGCAUGAUUCGGAAUCUUCUUCAAUUCCCCGAUCAGCACGUUCUGUGGAGAAUCAGAGGAAGUCAGAACUGAGCACUUUUCGCCUUUCCUUCAGCCUGAGCUCUUAUCUAUAUUUUCUGGUCACAAAGAAAUCCCUUAGACUGCAGGUUUCAGAUGCUCCCACCAACUACCAAGCACCUGCUGAAAAGCAGCAGCCUACAUUGAAUUCACUCAUUGUUGUUCUUAAUUCUGCGACAACUGCUCUUGAAAGAGCUGCUGAGGAAAAGUCAUUGCUAGUUAACAAGAUUCAAGACAUAAAUGAACUAUCCAGACAAGAGGUGGAUGAAAUUAUCAACAUGUGUGUUCGACAAGAUUGUGUUAAAUCGAACGACAAUAUACAGAAAAGGAGGUAUAUUGCUAUGGUGGAGAUGUGCCAUAUUGCUGGAAACAGGGAUCAGCUUAUUACUCUAUUACUUCUGCUUGCAGAGAAUGUGCUGAACAUUAUCCUCAUCCAUUUCCAGGAUGGUUUUGAACUUGGUGAUUCCAGUGAAGCUUUGAAAAUGAUUACGUAUGGCACCAAGCCUGAUUCUGGAGAGGAGUUGCCUUUGUUGUGUGAAAAGUUAAUUCCAACUUUAGAAAGACUAGAAUUGCUGAGUGAGGAUAAAACUGGUCACAGCCUUAAAGUUUUCUGUAGGUUGGUGAGUUCACUAAAGGAAAUGGCAAUUCAGAAGUUGGAGUUCUGAGAUAGGAUAUUUUGUUGCUGGAGCCAGUGCAAAUCUCUUCUAUUUGACCUAAAAAAAAUUCAGGUCAAUAUGUUUUCAUGUUGUUCGAUUAGUGGAUAAAUUUCAGGUUAAUAUUUAUUCAUGUUAUUUAAUUAGCGGACUCAUUAAAGGAAAUUGCAAUCCCAAAGUUUAAAGAGUUACAAGAGGAUAUUCGGUUGCUGGAGCCAGUGCAACGCUCUUUGUAUAACCUGAGUAGUUGUUUUGGUCAAUAUAGAUUAGUGUUGUUCACGACUUUGCUGUAUAUUAUAUAUGUACGAGUCAUGUACUUAAUGUAACAUUUGCUUAAAUGUGUAUAACUUUUAUCAAUU